UGAGAGAGUUGAACAUCCAGUGGCUGCUGGACUGACAGGAAAUGGCCAAACUUGAGGUUUUUCUGCUCUUUGUGCUGCAGCUGGAAGGUAUCAGUGGAGAUGAUCUUCAUUUCUAUCACACAGUUGGAGAUGAUGUUGUUUUACCUUGUGUUGAUCCGUCUUCAUCAUGCCUCAGGGUUAACUGGCUUUAUAACGACAUUAUUGGCAGCACCACUAAGAAUAAAGUCACAAAUGGAAAUAUUAACCAGAAGUCAGUUAAUGCUGCCAGGCUGAGUUUGAACACUGACUGCUCUCUGAUGAUAAAGAACAUCAUUCCUGAGGAUGCUGGACGUUACACCUGCAGGACAGGAAACAGAGACAGUAUAAUGAAUCUGAAUAUUUUAUCCAUCUCUCCAUCUCAACCAGCUGGUGAUGCAACAAAGGAUGGAAAUAUAAAUCUACAAUGUUCUCUGUGGAGAUAUUUAGCGACCAGAUGUUCAGAUAACAGACUCAUCUGGGUAAAUGACACAGGAACUGAACUAGUUGGUGAAGAUGUCACCGACCAGAAGAGCAGUUUACAGAUCCAGUGUGUUUCCUCUCUGACUGUGAAGCCUCUGAAUAACAGAUACACCUGCCAGCUUAUUCAGGGAAACAGAAUGAAAGUAGAAGCUCACUACUUACCUUUAUCUACAGAUGAGACUCAGACGUAUUCGAUCUACAUCAUUGGAGUGGUGCUGGCGGUGGGGCUGCUGCUGCUGCUGGCUGCCAUCGCUGCUGUUCUCAUCAACUGCAGGAGGAGAACCAAACAGUCCGACGAGCCCAAGAACUCCAACUCAGAUGUCAGAAAUGCAAACAAUCAAAUUCACCAAAAUGCGGAGUCGCCUUCCACCAUGACGUACGCAUCCAUCGGCCAUUUUACUCCAAACUCCCCUCUCAGGGUCACAGUUCAACAACAUGAGGUCACUUAUUCUGCUGUGAAGCCUAAAAUGGAGACGGACUUCGAUCCCAACAGUCUCUACAGUCGUGUCAGCAAACCAGAAUAAACCAGACAGGAUGAUGUAAAUUAUCAUGAAUUUGCAUUACUAAACCUCUUAAAAGGAAGUUACAAGUGCAUUUGUUCUAUAAUGGCUACAUAGUUCGAGUUUAUUAUUGAGGAAGUGCAACUAUGUUUUUUUUUCUUGGCCUUUAAGGUUUCAUCAUAAAAAACCCCAGUAAAAAAGCUGCAAUUUCUGCUCUUUAAGAAGAAGUAGCUGUUAGAAAACUACUUCUUAAUCAAAUGAGGAGAUCAAUAACCAAAGCUCAUCCUGGAAAUCCAUUUAAUGACAUCAUUUAGUGGGAGGAUGUGACUGUAUUACACUGGAAUAUCUCAAACAUCAAAUCAGUGGUAAAAAUAGUUAGAUAUUUUUUUGUGUGUGAUAUGCAACUGUGGAAGUGGUUGGGCAAUUUUCCCCACCAACAGACUAUGAGGAAAGCAGAAGGUUUUCACGUGGUUAUUACAUCAGAUUAACCUGACAUACAGAAGAGGUUGACACCCAGCGCUAAUUAGCAUGUGGCUAACACAGUCAAAAACAGUUUAAUCUCUUUCACUCAAAGAUCUUAAAAAUGCUGUGCAUCUUGUCCCAGCAAAUGUGAUAAAUAUUAUUUUGACUUUUUAUUCUUUAGUUGAAAAAUUUAAACAUGUUUCUGAAUUUUCUUGAGACUCGUUAAGUUUUAGCUGAGUUUGCGCCAAAAUUAAGUGUUUGAAAAUCAACUAAUAUGAAGCCUCAGUAGAGAUUUAGCAUAAACUUCAUUCUUUGUGUUUUUUGUUUUGUCUUUAACAAUAAGAGAUUCUCAGUUAUGUAGCAAUAUAAAUUCAUUCUAUGUCUGUAUUUCUUCUCUGUCUAAAUAAAAUUUUCAAUGAUUGUGAAUUCUGCAUCUUUGUUAUGAAAAAAAAAACAAUGCUUUACUAACUUUUCUGACUUUUUACUAUGUAAAAGUUGCCAAGAGAGGAGAUUUUUUUAAUCUUAUUUAUUGGUAAAAAUGAGGAAAUAAUUGAUAGAUUAAUAAACAGAGUGGCUCACAAAUCAUAACAAGCAUCAAUUAAUAAAAGAGUUGCUCUAAAUACUACAAUAAACAAGCACAUUCUGAUACAUUGCAACGUAAUUUCGACCCUUGAAAUGAUUAAAAAUUUUAAAUAAUUUAGAAAACAGUUUGAAGAUUGUGUUUUCUGCUAAUCGUGUCUCUUCUUUAGAUCAGUCAUUACUAGAGUAAUUGCUGCCAUAAACUCAACGUACCGUUUUGUUUUCUUGUCUAUUAAAAACCUUUCUGACCAUCUGCCUCCGUCUCCUUCCUACCCUCUGGAGCCACAGAGGCUCAGAGCAGUUCAAAGGAAGCUGUUUCUUUCCACUGUCGCCACAUGCUUUCACACAAAGAAGGAUGGCUGGAAAUUUAAAGGCAGUGCAUUCAGGUAGGUUAUGAAUGCACUAACAUUAAGAUUGAUUUGGACUGUAUGGAACUAAAUCUUAAUAUGACAACAUGACUUACUAGUGAUUGAAUUAAUUGUAUAUAACUGGUUUCAGACUGACUGUAUUCUGUAUGAAUAGAGAUGAAUAGGAUUUUGUUGUGAAUUAGUCCCAUUUGAAUAAAAUGAACUGAAGUUAAAAUGUUUUUGGUUCCUGAUGGUUCAUGACUCUAAAGAGCGUUUAAAGCUAAACUUAGAGUACUGUGUGGGCGUCUCAGGUCAGCAACACUUAGCUGAUGUCAGUGAAUAUUGUGAAAUAUUGCACUUCUUCUUUUAGAUCUCUGAAAGUGUGGGAAAGUGCAUUUUGCACAAGACAAUAAUGUCAGUUUAUUUUGUUUCUGCUUUGUUCAGCUUGAAACAGCAUAAGUUAUUUAUUUUUACAGAAGUCUGGUAGAAAAUGUUAUUAGAACAAAACAAAUGAUAAGAUGGACUUUUUCUUAUUUUGCAGGUAUAUUUCUUCCAGGAAGAGGGAAUUACAAAAGUAUGUUCAGAUCUGAAGCAGAAGAUUGAACUUGCAGCUGUGAGCAGACAGGAAAUGGCCUUGAUAGCAUUAACUCUGCUGUUGGUGUUUCGGCUUGAAGGGAAGCAUUUCUGAAGUAAACUGUGACUGAUCACCUUUAGAGUAGAACAUUUUCUAAAUGCUCCAGUUAACUCUAACUUAUUUUGAGCUUAACUUAGCAGAACAGUACAGGCUCAGUGUAGACUUAAAAGAAAGUUCUGAGUUGAUAUGUUUAAUUGUAAAUAAUGAAUUCUUUAUUUUUAAGUGUCAACAAGGCUUUUUCCUGUUGUCUUUUUUCAGAUUCAUGUUAUCAGAGAUCCUGGUGAUGUUUCCUCUGUAACAGGGGUGUCAAACUCCAGUCCUCAAGGGCCGGUGUCCUGUAGUUUUUAAAUGUGCCACAGGUACAAAACACUGAAAUAAAAUGGUUUAAUUACCUCCUUCUUGUGUAGAUCAGUUCUCCAGAGCCUUGCUAAAGACCU